AUGGGUAUUCGACCUCACCAUGCCGAACCCAAUGCAUUGACACCGGUCGAUUCCGAGCCGCAUCAGCAUCAUUCCAGACACUCGCUUAGACUCGGAAUGUGGCAGAAACUGCAGCAUUUCUUCGCCAAAGAAGAUGCGACACAGAGUCCCAUCGAGUGCUCCGACGAUGAACAGUGGUCCCGGGACUGGGCUGACAGGCGAGAUUCCAAUAAGAACGAAUCCGCAACGAGGCCGCUUGCUGUUGGCCUCCCCCGGCAAGCAACGUUCCGCCGCCAGAACUCUGAGCGACGAGACCGACUGCUUCCUAUCCAGCCUGGGAAUGCUGAGAGAAGGGCCGUCUCGUCGACGAGGCAUGCUUCGAUAAGCUUACCUAGGCGGCGAGCCACAUCGUCGCCACCCAAUUGGGACCCUGCUCGAACAUCUGCAACAUCAGCACCCGCUGUGGCUGUUACCGCUAGGGCGGAUGUUGGUGGUGGCGGCGUCUAUGUCGACCUUCCGCCAACUCUUGACUCGGCGCAACUCGACACGACCGAGGAUCUCUGGCCACAAGACGACCACCGACCUCCGCGCCCGCCUUCUAGGACGUCCUCUGAUGAUUCGCACUAUCCACAGAUGCCUCUAGCCGAUGACAAGGCCGAACUAAGGGAUGAGCUUGACCAUCGAUGGAUCCUCAACCUGAGCAUGCACUUUAGAGACAAGUCCGACCGCGAGAAGUUCUUCGUCACUUAUGCGCAGACUCCCAGUUUUUGGCGUCGGGUGACCAUUUCAUGUGACUAUCGCAAUGCCGAAAUGGGUUCCUUGGAGAUGGACCUGAAAGAACUCCAGUUUCAACGUGACAAGAGCAUGCAAAUCUACGAGUCAAUACGUGAUUCUCUUCCUGAAAUUCAAUUCUACGACACCGUCACGAAUCUCAAGUUGGAAACAACUGACGGCCGACUACACGUUCACGUGACGGAAGAUGUCAACGAGAUCAUACCCUACCCGCCGAAAACUACCGUGUCACAUAUCUUCAACGAUGAGACCUUCAGACCGAUGAAGGUCCGUGAGGAUGAGCUCGUCUUCGACUCGCACCUCUCCGGCUUCGUCUACAAGGUGCUAUACAAGGGCAGAACGUAUAUCAAGAAAGAGAUCCCUGGCCCGGACACGGUUGAUGAGUUCUUGUAUGAGAUCAAUGCCCUGCAUGCACUUCACGACUCGGCUCAUGUCAUCAAACUUGAGGCCGUUGUGUUUGAUGACACGGAAACGUUGGUCAAAGGCUUGCUCAUCAGCUACGCAGACAAAGGUGCAAUCGUUGAUCUAUUGUACGAUCACAGAGGUUCCAUUGCGUGGGAAGAUCGAUGCAGAUGGGCUGAGCAGGCGGUUCGAGGGCUCAGUGAGAUUCAUGAAGAGGGCUAUGUUCAGGGCGAUUUCACGUUAUCCAACAUCGUGGUUGACGCUGACGGCAAUGCAAAGAUCAUCGACAUCAACCGGCGUGGGUGCCCUGUGGGCUGGGAACCUCCAGAGAUUGCUGCCAAAAUCGCGAGCAAUCAACGCAUCUCCAUGUACAUUGGUGAGAAAUCGGACAUCUAUCAACUGGGCAUGACUCUGUGGGCUUUGGCCAUGGAUGACGAUGAGCCGGAGCGGCACGUGCCACCACUAAGCAUCGAUGAGUUCCCUUCGGAGGUGCCUGAAUGGUACCAAGAUAUUGUCAGGAUUUGCUUGUCUCCCCGACCACGCGAUCGAUUAUCGGCCAAGGAACUGGUCGGCCUGUUCCCAGUCCCAGAAGCAACCUCCAUGUCAUGUGACGAUAUUCGGCCACAACAACGACCAGCCUUGAAAGUCCGCACGAUGAAGAAGUACAUUGACCCUGCCGACGCCGUUGAACGGGACGACAUAUUACGCCUUGGUUCCAAACCCCAAGGAAGCGAGGCGAUUCCAUAUUCGCCAGAAAGCUCCCGGGAUGACUACACAUUUACGUAUCCGAAGUCCUCCAACUAUGAGUUCGAAAGCGACCUCUCAGGAUAUGACCGCCCCAGAGGUAGGAGACCACCCAUCAACUAUGCACACCUCGGGGGUCACGAGAGGCACCAUUGGGAGUCCGAAGAUGAGAGACCGACUCCAACAGAAGACUUCGAGCCCAACAUUGUGCCCAUUUCGCCGGGCAUGGACCGGGAGUUCAAUGAGCUGGAGAUGGAUGGUCACCGGUACCUGAUAUCACGGCAGACUUUCACUGAAGAGGAAUUGAAAAUACUGGAGCGGCAUGCAGAGGCCGAGAGCUCCCUUCUAAGUCAAGAUGCGGUUGAUGGAGAAGGUCCGGUAGCGGCUCUGACAGACUCAGCACCUAUACCAGCCAGGCGUCCCUCUCUUCUGGACGCCACGUCCGACAGCACCCCUCGCAACAGUCAAGACCUGCUCGCAGUCCUCGCUACGCCUUGGUCUGGAGAUCAGCACUCCGAGACGAGAGGAGUGAAUGAUAUCGGGCUAUAUUAUCAUCCUACAGGCCCCAACGACGCUCGAAACACUCCUCAGGAUGGCGUGACUCCAGCUGCUGAUGGCGACUCAGAUCUGCUAACACGUAACCACGGGACGGACCUUCCCAAAGACAAGACAAGGUUCCCCCCAGGACAAGAAAUGACCAAACCCCCGAGUCUCCCCUUCGCGGACAGUGGCUACGAUGAGUCGCUUGGGUACCUCGUAAGCAGCGGUGACGUCGAGCCCAUGCCACCUAUCUCGGACAAAGCCGAGCCGCAACAGACAGAGAGUGUGAUGACACCAUCUAGUCAGCAACCUGGACAGAAGACAGACGGCUCGCCUCACAUUGCAAAGCAAGCAUUGCUGUGUGAUGAUACAAGGCUCAGCCUGGAGCAUGAUACUCCUAGCCUAUUGCAGCAUCCGAACUUGGCUGAAGAAAAGACCAGUUAUGUCGACUUCGCUUCAGUUGGACCCGUACCCCAUCCGAAGGAGACUGAGCCGGCGGAGAAGCACGCCAUCUGUGUACCGUCGUCUGAGAACGAACACAUCAUUGAUGCGGAAUCACAUGAGCUACCACCUAAGAAGGGACUAAAAUAG